UCGGCAAUUGUUCGUUUUAAAACUUCGCAUUAUUUUUUUUAAUGUAUAGCCACGUAGUAUUUUCAAUAGCCAUCGUAGCAUUGGUCUCGCCAUGCCACGGAUACAUGAAGCUGUAUAAAGUUACUAAUUUAAUUGAAGAUAAUUUCCCCAUUUGUCGAACGGGAUUAAGACAAUCUCCAAUCGAUUUGAAUAACGAAGCUCAAAUAUUACACACUUAUUAUUUACCAUUCGAAUUCGAGAAUUAUGAUCGAUUGACAUCAGUAUCUGUUAUAAUAGGAAAAGAUGGCCACACAGUUAAUUCAACCAGUAAAUGGGAAAACGAAGACCUAGCUGUUUCUGCAUCCGAGACAAUACCACGUUAUAAGUUUCUUGAUUUACAUCUGCAUUGGGCAAGAUCACAUGAACCUGGUACUGAACAUGCAUUUUACGGACGACGAUAUGAUGCGGAACUACAUUUAGUGCACAUAAAUAGUGCUUACAAAGACUUUGAGGAAGCGUUGCAAUACGAGGAUGGUUUUUUAGUUUUAGGUGCACUUCUUAAAACAAUUCCUAAACAUCGAGCUAACCAUCUCAUCAGCAUAUCUGCAUCUGAAGACGAUUAUGGAGUAUUUAAUAUUAAUUUUAAUAAAUUUAACGAAAUUAGUGCAGUAUUCAGCUAUAGCGGAUCACUAACCACACCUCCUUGCACCGAAAAUGUCUUAUGGGUUGUACCACGUCACCCCUUUGAAGUAAGCCCACUCACUAUUAAAGCUCUGAGACGUCUAUCCAAGGACAGUAAUUCAUCGAAUGUUCGAUCUUUGCAGAAACUUAACGAUCGUGAAGUUUACCUUUUUACAAUUUAAGAUGAAUAAACUUCCUUUAAAAACUAGAAUUAAUAAGAAUGUACAUAGCUAAAAUAUUUAAAAAAUCACUAUACGU